AAACUAAAAAAAAAAACCUGUUUGGGUAGGGUAAUCCUUUGAUUUAAUUUCCAUCCGCAGUUUCUAAAAUCAGGAACCAUUGAUGAUUACUGGAUAAUGAUUUCAAUAAGGGUUCCUCCAUAAUCUCUUUGAUCAGUAUUACACGGAGUUUCCUCGAAGAUGGCAAGCCGAGUUACUCGCUCAAGGAGACAACAACAACCAUCUCAGCAGCAGGAACAGCAGUCGAGAGCUAGAUGGACAACCUUCUUGACUAAGACACUUGCUGACAUGUUGGUUGAACAGGUUCACAGAGGGAAUAGACUCAACAAUUCUUUCAACAAGAGAGCGUGGAAGUCUAUGUGUGAUGACUUCUGUAAGAAAACUGGUUUGAAAUGGGACAAGGAGCAAUUGAAGAAUAGAUAUGGGGUUUUGAGGCGGCAGUAUGUUCUUGUGAAGUCUCUUCUUGAUCACAGUGGCUUCAGUUGGAACGAAUCUACUGGCGAUAUAAUAGGCAAGGAUGAAGCUUGGGCUGAUUUUAUCAAGGAUCAUCCUGAUGCUGAAACCAUAAAAAGCAGUGGCUGCUCAAUCUACAAACAACUUUGUACAAUAUUCUCAGAGCCGACAACAAAUGGGAAGCACGACUACUCAGCUGAAAUUGGGAGAGAGGUUGGUUCCUCACUUCCUUCUUUGGAGCCCUUGAGCAGAAUUCAAGAAGAGUCCUCGUCUGAGUCUGAGGAAGUAGAGGAUGUGGCUGAUGAACAGGAUGCAGUUCAACCUUCUGCCCCUUGUGUAAUUAGUAGUCGCAAGAGGGGACGCAAGGGAAUUGAUGAUGCAAUUGCAGCAGCUAUAUUGGAGAUGGCAGCUGCUUCGAAGUUGAGGACAGCUGCUGUAAAACAAUGUAAUUCCAGAUACAGCAUAGCCAGUUGCAUAAAAGAAUUGGAUGAAAUGAAAGGUGUUGAAGAGCGAGUCUAUUUUGCUGCUCUGGAGUUAUUCAACAAUCCUAAUGCUAGGGAAAUGUUCUUGUCUCUCAAAGGAGACAAGCGCUUGACUUGGUUGCAUCGCAAGUGCGGUGCUCCAUCCGACACCCAAGUUUGAUGGAAGGAAAUUUAGUAACUAACUAAUCAAAAACCAGACAACUGAUGGUUGUAUAUAAGGCUACCAAUUAUCAUCCUCAAAUGUAAUAUAUAUGACUUUUUCAACCAUACUUCAAAUCUUCAAUACAAGAAAUCCUCUAAUAGG